GUGCGGUUGGAUUGCGUGUCAGUGGGGAAAAUCUUUGGCUGUAUGCACUCAUAGUCUCAUAGUCAUCGGCCUCCACUUCAACAACAAGUCCAAGACAAACCACCAUAAUCAACUUGCCGAAACAUAACGAAGGAGAACCCACCGAGGAUACCAAGAAGCAAGAUGCCGACACUGAAGCCAUCGAAGUAUGCCGAAGAACACAUCGCACCAGCCGUGAUCGGGAAGUUCGGCGAGGCCCUGGCCGACUGCUUCUCGAUCAGCGAUAGUCACGCCAAAAAUCUCUACCAAAGCUCAUCUAUCCCUCUCUCUUCCGCUGAAAAUCAAAUCAGACGCAAGCUAAACAGUCAUCAACCUUGGGAUAGCCUCACCAUCGCCCAUCUCCGAGUCAUCCACGCCGUUCAUUCCGAUUCGAACUCUUCUAACUUCUUGGCCGUCUUCGACGCUCAGAAGAGUCUCGUGAGUGCUUACAACGACUGGUUUCGAACUGAUAAUACCGCAUGGAGUCUUCCGGUACUCUAUGUAAUCUACCGUGAUUUACGGGCCUUUGCCACUCGGGCAGACGAGGCGCUCCUCCUUCAGGGCGAAAAGGCUGCCAAAUUAGCUGAGGCGGCCAGGUUAAUCCAAGUCGGCUUCGGAUUGUGUUGCAGUGAUAGAACUUCAGCUGGCGACACCAAAAAAUUGGGAGUCUUGUAUAUGGCUAGCUUGCUAUUCAAGAUCUAUUUUAAACUGAAAUCUACUGCGCUUUGUAAAAACGUCAUUCGUGGUGUAGAAAAUGCUGGACUGCUUGAUGGUUUCCAGGUACCGAUUGCACAUCGAGUGACGUACCGUUAUUACAUGGGCGUGCUAUCGUUCCUUCAAGAGGAUUACGAAAAGGCAGAAGAUCAUCUCUACUUUGCCUUUAACAAUUGCUAUCGGAACAAGCGCCGGAACCGAGACCUGAUUAUGAACUACCUGGUCCCGCUGCGAUUAUUGAAAGGCAAACGACCGAUCCCUGCGCUCUUGAGGCAAUUUAGCCAACUCUCCGACCUCUAUCAACCUUUCAUCACCGCUGUUAGGUUGGGGAACAUUGAACUGUUCGAUCGUCAUUUGAGCCAAGUCGAAAAACAACUGAUGAAAAGGGGCACUUACCUCAUAGUUGAACGUUGUCGAGAUGUUUGUCUUUGUAACUUCGUUAAGCUUGUACACCGGUUGAAAGCUCCAGCCCACCAGAUCCCACUGGACUCAUUCCGGAAGAUAGCCUAUGAGGUAGAAGAUGAAUCUGAAGAAGAGGAUGGGAAUAGUAAACUGGAAGAGGUUGAAUGUCUCUUGGCGAAUCUGAUCGCCCAGGACCGAGUUCGUGGGUAUAUUCAUCAUCAAGCCAAGAUGUUGGUCCUAUCCAAAAUCGACGCUUUCCCAGCCCAGACUGUGAUAAGAGGAUAUUAGCGAUCUGUUUUGCUUUUUGUACAAAGUCAAGACUCUUCUUUUGUACUCAGUUCUACUGUCGCUACAUGGGGAGAUGAGUUGAUCUGUGCAAGAGUUAAUGUUCGAUUGCGAGUGCAGUACGUAUCAUACCAGCUCACAUGUACUUUGUAAAUUUGCUGAUUAGUGUGAGGUCAUGAAGUAGCAUCACAAUGCCGAGGGUUGAAUUCC